AAAAAAAUUAAACAAAUAGAUAGAUAAAUAGAAAAAGGAUAAAUAAACAGAGACGGGGCCGAACGACCGAUUUUUCAAUUUAUAUGUAUGAGAUAAAGAGAUUUUGUAAUAUUUAAUGAAACUCUUAAGCAACGACGUAAAAGUAGAUCGUUGUAUGAUAAUACAUCGGUAAGAUAGAUCCCGUUCGGAAGUCAGAAAGUUCAAUGAUAAAAAUAAGUAACGUUACUAGAAUUGUCAGAGAAUAUGUAUCUCAUUUAUCGCUACUGUGUGCGAUUAGAUACGUGUCGUGCAUAUAAAUUAAGAAAAAUCUGAACAAAAUCAUUGAUCUGAAAUCAACUAGUCAGUUCUUUAACGGAUACUCGACAAGAUGGUAGUUCGCGUACAGACCAAAUUUUUUAAGUGUAUAAAUUUAUAUAAACAAAUUUUAACCAGACGAAUCUCUGUAAUUUCGUGUCUACAAAAAAAACAUACACAGUUCAAAUGGGACGAUCCGUUCGAUCUCGAGUCUCAAUUAACACAGGAUGAGAUUAUGAUAAGAGAUCAAUUUCGAAAUUAUUGUCAAGAAAGAUUGAUGCCCCGUAUUAUCGAAGCCAAUCGUAAAGAACAUUUUCACAAGGAAAUUAUUAAGGAGAUCGGUUCUCUUGGCAUUUUGGGUUGUACCUUGAAGGGUUAUGGAGCUUCAAAUGUAUCCUCGGUAGCUUAUGGACUUCUUGCUAAAGAGAUCGAGUCUGUCGACAGUUCUUAUAGAUCAUCGAUGUCCGUACAAUCGUCGCUCGUUGCCGGUGGUAUAUAUGCGUACGGUGAUCAAACUCAAAAGGAACGAUUUCUUCCAAAACUUAUUACCGGAGAUUUAAUUGGAUGUUUCGGUUUAACCGAACCCAAUUAUGGUAGCGACGUUGCAGGCAUUCAAACUAGAGCUGUAUAUGAUUCUGAUAAAAAAAUUUACAAAUUGAAUGGAAGCAAAACAUGGAUUACGAACGCACCUAUAGCCGAUAUAUUGAUCGUUUGGGCAAAAUGCGAGGAUGAAAUUAUUCGGGGAUUUAUAAUCGAAAGAGAAAAAAAUCAAAAUCGUUUGUCCACGCCGAAAAUCGAAGGAAAAUUUUCAUUGAGAGCUUCCGCCACUGGGAUGAUACUGAUGGACAAUGUCAUAGUACCCGAAGAAAAUUUAUUACGGAGCGUAGAGGGCUUGAAAGGACCGUUUAAUUGUUUAAACGAUGCUCGUUUUGGUAUAUCCUGGGGUGCAUUGGGAGCAGCUGAAACUUGUUUUAAAAUAGCAAGAUCAUAUACAUUAGAAAGAUUACAAUUUAAUAGACCUUUGGCUGCUAAUCAAUUGAUACAAAAGAAACUGACUGAUAUGAUGUGCGAUAUAGCGUUUGGUUUACAAGCAUGUUUACGGGUUGGAAGAUUAAAGGAUGAAGGCAGGAUUAACCCCGAGAUGAUCUCUAUGUUAAAGCGAAAUUCUGCUAGCAAAGCGUUAGAAAUUGCCAGGACCGCGAGAGACAUGUUAGGUGGUAAUGGCAUAUCGGACGAGUAUCACGUCAUUAGGCACGUGAUGAAUCUCGAAUCCGUUAACACUUACGAAGGUACUUACGACAUACACACUUUGAUACUCGGAAGAACGAUCACCGGAUUAGCCGCCUUUGCUGGAUAAGAUAUUUUCCUCCUUGUUAUUUCAGCCAGGAGAUGUAAGAAAGUAGGUUCCACCUUUAAAAACUGUCGUAAAGUUAUUAAUAUGUCUUUUUUUUUGUUUUUGUUUUCCGUUCUACUUUUUCUUUUUUUUUCUUUUUUAUUUUUGUUUUCUUUUUUCUUUCUACCUCUUUACCUUUACUUUUUUCUUUUUUUUUUUUUUUUUUCUUUUUUCUUUUUUCUUUUUUCUUUUUUCUCUGACGAUAACAUCCUUUUGGUUUCUCUUUUUUAAACCACUACUCGUAACGAAUGAUAUAUUUUCCUCUUGCUGUUGUUUUUUUUUUUUUUCUAAAUUUAAUCUAAAUCUUUUUUUCUUCUUUCUCUCUUUCGUUUGUCAACAAAAAAAAAUUUAUUAUACAUUAUCGCUUUAUAUUAUAUGCGCUCAUUUAAAAGAAAAUAUAUUUAUAUGAGAAAUAACAAUUGAUUUAUAUAUCGACGUAGACGAUCCAUUUCAAAUUUUCCCGAAUUAAUUACACUAAAAAACGUAAUUGAAUAAUUUAUUAUUGCUUCUUUAUUCGCCAUAUUCAUUUCUUUGAACAAUAUUUUUGUCAAAUGGCUCGUUAUACUCUUAAGUUUUACUAAUGACGACAAUUUUUUCCCUUUGGCGAGCCAUUUUUCAUUUCCCUUUCUCUUUUUCUGCUUUAAUUUUCCUUUUUCUUUUUUUUUUUUUUUUUUUCCUCUCUCUAAUAACUUCAACGUAUACGACGAAAUCACAGGAGUCUCUCAAAAGCGUUAAUAUCGAGUACGUAUAGAAACGAUGAAAAUAAUAACAAAGAACACGAUGCAAAAUUUUCAAACGUAAAAAGGAUUGUCAAUGUUUUAUCACGUAUUUUGUUUUUCGAAUAAAAUUACCUGUUGUAUAUGAUUA